UUAAAAAGAAGAAAAACCGCAACAAUUUGUGAGAAUGAAUAGAAUGUUACACUGUGGGAAAUAAUAGUUAAAUAAUAUCUAUGUUGCUGAAGGAAGUUAUAUCAGCACGGUUUCCUUCCUGAUUAUCUUUUCCAAAUAUUCGCGCGUGGAUGAAUAAGGGGAAUUCGUGAGAUAUUUGAAAAGCAUUCGAUCUAGGAUUUUAACACGGAAACAUUUACAGUACAAGAUUCACAUUUGCACGAAUGAUAUCUAAAAAUAGGUCGUUACUCGACGACUGGUACGCGACAGCAACAGCAUGGGGGCUUCAUUAUUGAUAAGUCCUGAUAAAAGUUAAUAAAAGCGAUUUAAAUAGACAUACUUGAGAGGAUCCACUUAUGAUACUUGAAUUUCGAGUUUACCCAGUACAAGUGUUCGCUUUUAAGUUUAGCUUAUUUGGAUUUACAAAAAUUCAAUCGACAUUCUUUCUAUUAGGAAUAGAUGUUACAGUUCUUUGACACCUUUAAUUUAUCAGUAGUUGAAUAUCAUACUAAUUAUAUUAUAUAGUACUGUAUGUUAUAUUAAUAGUACCGUAUUAUCUCAUACUAAUGCUGUUAUAAUGUAUAAACUGCAGGUGUUUAUGAAUUUAUAGAGAACUUGAAUAUAUAAAUAUAUAUAAAGUAAAACAAAACAUAUUAGGCGCUAUUUCAUUAGUUGCAUUCAUGCAAAUAUAAAUUUGCAUAAAUAUCUGUAUUGUAAUAAUAGAAUAUGAUUAAUGAUUUUUUUCAAUGAGAGUAAGCUACUAUAGUAUUAUUAUUGUUAAGUUCUAUUUAGUUGCCGACGAGAAGGUAGCGUUAACUGACGUUUAAUGCAACUGGCAAUAAGCUCCACUUUCGGCUAACCUGCUAUGUGCGGGAAUACUGGCACGGGAGAGGAUUAAAGUUGUUCGAAAGUAAAUUUACAAUAUGUAAUGAUUUAUUCAAAUCUUACUUGAUUUCGAUAUUGACAAUUAACUGACAGAUUGACGGAUAUAAAAUUCUUCGGUUGACAAAAUGAUGAUUCUUCGGUUGACAAGAUGAUGAUUCUUUGGUUGACAAAAUGAUAACUAACUCUUCGAUAGACAAAAUGAUAACUAACUCUUUGAUAGACAAAAUGAUAACUAACUCUUCGAAUAGUAAUUAUUCGGUUGACGAACGGUAAUUAAUUAAUAUUAUUCGAUAUACGAACCGUAAUUAUUAUUCUUCUUAUUCGAUAAGCGGACGGUAAUUAUUGUUUUUACUCGAUAAACGAACGGUAAAUAUUCUAUUCAAUAAACGAACGGUAAAUAUUCUUACUCGAUUAACGAACGGUAAAUAUUCUCCUUAUUGAUUUCUCUGAGUCGCUACAUUUAUCCGUCGGAGAUGAAAAAACGUCGGGGUCUUUCUUUUGAAAAUGUUUGGGAAGAUCCCCAACGUUUGUUCAACUGCCGACUUUGUUUACAAUUUAAAUUGUCUUAAUAUCGUUAUAGAAACAUAAUUAGGUAAAUAUAAAAACAUGGUUAGAUAAGUUUUCGCAAGAUAUAGCUUUUAGCGGCUUUAACUGCCUUUCAAUUCAAAUACUGUAAACAUGGUUUGAAAUAAACGUUUUAAAUUAUCUUGAUUUGACAAUCAUUUGAAAGAAGUUAUCAAUUUUACUUUCGCGCUACGGAUCGUGCGGGUCAUGGGUCGUGACAAUUAUUAUUGCAGAAUCUUACUAAAUUAAAAAGUUUGCAAAAAUAUUUCUUUGCUUCUAGAUGUGUGCAAAUGGAUUAUACGCGCUCAUGAGUUUAAUACUCGUGAUAGUGAUCCUAAUACCGGUAGCGGAACAUGCAUCAGAUACAUACAAGCAGCGGAACACACAUGGAUCAGAUGUAUUUCAGUAUGGUCAAAAGGGACAAUCUAGGGAUCAGUCUCGAGAUCAAUCACGAGAUCAAUCACGAGAUCAAUCUCGAGAUCAAUCUCGAGAUCAAUCUAUGACAGAAAGGCACCAAUAUUGUGGCCGAAUUCUGUCAAGUACUUUACAGAUAGUAUGCGGUAGUGUUUACAAUAGCCGAUUUAAAAAAAGCAAUCAAGAAAUGGAGAUGGAUGAUUAUAUGGCCUAUAGUUACGAUCUGCAUCCUUAUAAGUCUAUCAAGAAUGCGAAAAAAAUGAUUAGAUUUCGAAGAAGUGGACGGGGAAUUCACGAGGAAUGUUGUUUAAAAUCUUGUACGACCGAGGAGCUGCGCUCCUAUUGCGGUGCUCGUUGAUGAGAGAAUCAUUUCUUAAAACAUAAGCAAAAGAUUGAGGAAAUGCUCAAAUAUAAUGUUUUCCCUAUUUACUAACA